AAUCAACACAGUUAUAUAUACAAAGUUUUAAUCCUGAGUUUGCGUAUUCAUAUUGCUCACGUAUAAACCAUUCUUUAUGGUAUCAGAGACGGCAGUAAAGUUACUGUCUUGAUCCUUGCGUCCUGCUUAACCAAAGUCAGAAAAUCCCACCCUCCAUUCCAGCCAAAUGUCUUCCUCAAUCUCUCUUGAUUCAGCAUCUACCCAACAACUCAUAUCCCUCAAUGCUUCCUCUCAAAUCCCUCUGAAACUCUCACAAGACGGCUCUAACUACUCUUCAUGGAAGGCCCAAAUCACUAAUUUAUUCUUUGGAUACGAUCUCCUAGGAUUUGUGGAUGGAAGCAAUCAGAAACCAGACAAAUCCUCACCUACAUAUCAUUUCUGGACUAGGCAAGAUCGGCUUGUCCUACUUGCUAUUCAAUCCACCGUAUCAAAUACGGUCAGUCCAAUUAUCAACAGCUGCACCUCUUCUGCUGAUGCAUGGCAGAAGUUAGAAUCUAGCUUUGCAAACAAGUCCACAACCCGUAUGCUCUCUCUACUCAACAGCCUUGCUACAACUAAAAAGGCUGGAAAACCAGUGAUGGAAUAUUUCACCAUCAUGCGUGGCUUCAUAGAUGAUUUGAUUACCAUCAAUCAUCCUCCUUCCGAUGGACAAAUCAUGUCCUAUAUCCUAUCUGGUUUUGGUUCAGAAUACAAAGAAAUUGUUGGAGCCCUACGAGUGCAGCGUGUUCCUCUAUCUUUUGAGGAUCUCCGUGAUCAUUUUCUUCAUGCCGAAAUGCUGGCCGGAGACACUACUGAAACACCUAUCACAGCCAAUUAUACUCAGCGUCGGAACUAUAACAAUAACUAUCACGGUCGCGGUGACAAUAGUAACCGAGGUCGUGGUGGUCGAGGCCACCCACGUCAGUCUGGCAGCUCUUCCUCUUCUCAACAAUCUUAUCGGCAUGGUGAUUCUCAUACGGCCUUCUCCGGAUCUCCUUCUCAGCGCCUAAUUUGUCAAUUAUGUGACAAAAGUGGUCACACCGCCAGACAAUGCCACUCCAGAGGUGUGUUUUCUCCAACUGCACAUGUGGCAGAUAGCCUACCUGAUUCCGGUAACAAUCAAAAUUGGCUAUUGGACACGGGUGCCACGCAUCAUAUAACCUCCGACUUAAACAAUUUGGCUAUUCAUUCCGACUAUAAUGGCAAUGACUCAGUUCUCAUGGGAAAUGGUAAUGGUAUUCCAAUUUCUCAUAUUGGAUCCACCGGAUCUAAAGACCGGGGUAUUCUUGGCCCGAGGCCAGAGUAACAACAAUCUAUACACAUGGCCCUUCCCCUCUCCACCAUUAGCAGCCACAGCCACCACCCACUUAUGGCAUCAAAGGCUUGGUCAUCCCAAUUCUACUGUUCAGCGUCAUAUUCUCUCCACAAAUAAAUUACAAUGCUCUCCCGAAAAAUCAGUUUGCUCUCCUUGUCUUCAAGCAAAAAGUCAUAAACUACCAUUUCAUGUUUCUUCAAUAAAUUGUACUAGGCCAUUUGAAUUUAUUUAUUCUGAUGUAUGGGGGCCACCUCCUAUUUCUGCCAUUAAUAAUACCAAAUAUUACGUAAUCUUUGUUGACUAUUAC